AGAACGGAUUGAAUAUAUAAAAAUGUUUAAGAUAUUAUUGCUUGCGGCACUCAGCAUGUUGACAUAUAAAAUCUCUAGUUGCGAUGAAAAUCCUCACUUAUGUCGUCAGGUUGUUACUGUUAAUUAUACCGAAAAGGUUACUAGGCCCUUGGAGGACUUUGGAAAUUUUGCCAAAUAUUUCCAGCAAUUGGGUAUACCUACAGGAAAAAAGCUGGUGACCCUAACCAAAUUAGAAGAAAAAGAAGUGUGUUGUGCUGGCUUCGAAAAAUCCACCGACGAAAAAUGUUUGCCCAUCCAACCCACAACAACAUCGACUACAGAAACUGUCGAUUUAACCGAAUCUACUGAAUCAUCAUCAUCAUCUCCGAAAUCGGAUUCAUCUGGCCAAGGAAAUGCGCCCAGCUCAUUGACGGAAUUAAAAAAUAACCACAAAACUCUCAUAUUGUCGGUUGUUAUUGGAAGUGUUGCUCUAAUAAUUGUUUUAGCCUGUGUGAUUGUUCUACGUAUUCGCCAAAAACGACGACUUGCAUUAGGUAAUAACUGCCGCCAAGUAAAAUUUAAUGCAGAAAUGCAAACAGCUCUAUUGUAAAAGUUAAAUGUUCACGAAUAGAGAAUUUAUAUGUUAUGAACGAAAAAUGAUUUAUUAAUUUCAUGUAAAGCACCGUUCUUAUCAGUUUCAUUAAAGCGGGAAAGCAAUAUAAGUGAAUUGCACGAUGAUAGGACGACAAGUACAAUAAUGAAACGUAAGUUCAGUUGUAUUAUAAUGUGUACUUGCGGAUUGAUAAAAAGCAACGCCUUUGUUUGCAUAUAUGUAAAUGUUGUGACCGGAAUAGUUUUUUAAGUCCACCAAAGACAUAAAAUAGUAUUACCUAUUAAAAUGUCCUAUUGUUUUAUUUUUUUUUCUGCCUUCUAAAAUAUACUAAAAUUUUCUGCCCUUAAAUAUUUUUUAAAUUAUUUUAAAAGCAAGACAAACAUUAAAAAAUAUUGUUGGAUAACCACUAUAACUAUUUAAAUGUGCAACUAUCAUCUAAGCAAUAUAGAUAAAUUCAUUUUGCAGUUUAAUAUGUCUUAUUUAAAAUGCUUUUUAAGCCUUAAUUACAUUAACAAUUAAUUAAUAAACUCCGCAUAGAAAUGCCUAUCAACUAUAUUUGCCUUCGGUUUCAAACGAAUUACUUCCCUUUUACUCAACAACAUCUCAUAUAAAUCUAUAAGGCACUUAAGCGAAAAAUAUUGUGAAUAAUUUGCCAAAAAACGAAAUGAAAAGCAAGGCGGGGAAAAGUGAUGCAAUAAUUAAUGCACAUGAGUUAGAGCACUAACAUUUAUCGGCGCAAUCAACUGCAAUGACAGGCAGUCCAGAAAGAGCCAAUGCGCGUUUCAAGUUCGCUGCCUGAGUCUUUCGUUUUGGGAGAACCUGUUGCCUGGAUUGACCAACGCCAACAACAUUGAUCUUGUCCUAACCCGAGAAACGGAGCCGCUUGUUCGUGCCGCUUCAAUUGCGAAUGUGUGUGUGUGCCAAUGGAGAAUGGCUCGACCUAAAAAGCCAAAAGCAAAGUGAAUGCAACAAUAACAACAGCAACAACCAAUGCAGACGCAAUCAAUUAGCGAUAUGCUGAUGACGUCGGCUUGCCUGAUAUUAUUGUGGCUGCUAACGGCUGGUUUCUUUGUGGUUUCUUGUGUGGCUGCCACAUGUGGCGAUUGCGUCAUGGCGCCAUGCAAACCGUCUAGCGGUAAUUGACUUGCAAUUUCUUUUGCCCGCAACUUUUCGGUUGCAAAGAAAUUUUCCAAACCCAAAUGUGUUGCCACAUUUCAACAAUCCCACAGAGCCAAAUGAACGAACUCCGCGACCAAAUCUGAGUAUGAGUAAUUUUUGGCAUCAAUCACAAAGCAGAUCUUUAAUGGCC